AUGUCGGCGGUGGGCUGUGUACCUGGACAGUUUGAUGACGUAGAGGAGGACAGUUCUGGAGGUUCUGAGGCUCUGAUGGUUCUGAUGAUCUUUCAGGAGCAUCCGCUCCAAAACUGUUACCAUGGGAACAACACAGCAUCAGCACCGUCUCCGUGCAACGCCACGGUCGCCACCGGUAACCCUGGGAGCGUUGUCGGGGAACCGAACACGGCGCUGCUGUCUUUGGUUCUCAUGGCGGGGACGUACUUCAUCGCCUUCUACCUGCGCAAGUUCAAGAACAGCUCCUUCUUCCCUGGUCGGCUGAGAAGGAUCAUCGGAGACUUUGGGGUUCCCAUAGCGAUCCUCAUCAUGGUGCUGGUGGACUACAGCGUGGAGGACACCUACACUCAGAAACUGAACGUGCCCAGUGGGUUCUCGGUGUCCAGCCCGGAGAAGCGUGAUUGGUUGAUUUCCCCUCUGGGGUCAGACGGGCAGUUUCCUGUUUGGAUGAUGGCGGCCAGUGUCCUGCCGGCUAUCCUCGUCUUCAUCCUCAUCUUCAUGGAGUCGCAGAUCACAGCGCUGAUCGUCAGUAAGAAGGAGAGAAUGCUGGUGAAGGGAACCGGUUUCCACCUGGACCUGCUCAUCAUCGUGGUGGUGGGCGGAGUCUCGGCACUGUUUGGGUUGCCGUGGUUAUCGGCCGCCACCGUUCGCUCCGUCACACACACCAACGCCCUCACCGUCAUGAGCAAAGCCGUCGCCCCCGGCGACAAGCCGCGCAUCCAGGAAGUUAAGGAGCAGAGGGUGACGGGCUUCCUGGUUGCUGUUUUAGUCGGUCUGUCCAUUGUGAUCGGGGAGGUUCUACGUCAGAUCCCUCUGGCCGUCCUGUUUGGGAUCUUCCUCUACAUGGGCGUGAUGUCUCUGAACGGGAUCCAGCUCACGGAGCGCCUCAUCCUGCUGCUGAUGCCUCCGAAGUACCACCCCGACCACAACUACGUCCGUAAGGUGCGGACGUUGAGGAUGCACCUGUUCACCGUGGUCCAGCUGACCUGUCUGUCUCUCCUGUGGGUCGUCAUGGCGACGGCGGCGGCGCUGGCGUUCCCCUUCAUGCUGCUGCUGACCAUCCCGGUGAGGAUGCUGCUGCUGCCGCGCCUCUUCAACCGCCGAGAGCUGCAGAGCCUGGACGCUGAUGAUGCCGAGCCUCAGCUGGAGGAGAAGGAGGGGCAGGACGAGUACUCCCAGCUGCAGAUGCCCGUGUGA